GGAGCAUUUAUUUAUUUAGUACUCAGUUGUCAAUGCUGCUUCAGUCAUAAACUGAUUCUGACAAUUAAAAUAUAGUAACGCAAUAUCCAUCAUAUAUAGCAACACAAUAAGCAGCAGCCCUUAAUUUCAGGCUGAGGAAAAAUCAUACCAAAGUAACCAAUUGCCACUUAGUCUGGGGAGAGGAACCCCAGCUCUCCACCAUGCGUCAAAGGUUUCCUUCAUGGCCUUUCUAAAGGGAUUUCGGGGGGGGGGGGAGGCUGUCCCAGAAGCAGCCCUGCUUGGAAUCAGCUGCAGCUCUUUCAGUAGCAGCACCAACCCAGCCGAAUUCCCACACCUUGGAAGUUCAGGCCACUUUCCAGGUGAAAUCCGACUUGUUCUCUCUUCGAUGUCCUGCUGGAGAUUACUGAAAACCCAGCUCUGUCAGAGAUGCAGGAGAGAUCACACCUGAUCUUAGCCAAAAGGCAGGGAAGUGACAUUUCACAGUCUGUGAGGACGCCAACUGGGCCAAUCAAACGAGGAUGCAUCGCCUAUCUUAUUACUCUAUUAAUCUGAAAGUUUUGUUUUUACAUAAAUGACCACAGGUGCUUUAAAUGUGUUUUGCUUGAUGACAAUAGGGCAUGCAAAUGGAAUAAAACCAAUCAGAUAGGUAAAGAAAUUCAAUACUGGCGAGGCAGUGCUGGUGGAGGAUUGCGAGAGCCACAAACCAGCCAACACAUUGGGAGGGCACAAGGUUGGGGAAGAGAGCUGCAGCUGACCCAGAUCUGGGAUGGCCAGCCUUGCUGCUCCUUUUGGAGCCACAUCCUCUGUCACUGUUCUGAAAGGAGAGGGCCACGGAAGUCAAGAGCGCAGCCACAAUGGUGUAAUCAAAGCUCCCCUUGUUUUUUAGGCGUUUUGCCCACACGCCACACAUGAAAAACAAGAGACGCUUUAAUCACGCUGCCAUGGCCCCCUUCUUGACUUUUCUGAGCACGCCUUGUGGGCACCCCUGAACGUCUCCAAGCGUUUUGAGCUUAAAAGUAAACAAGGUGACCAAGGUGAAGCCGAUGGUUUCCCAGCAGCACCUCAGCUUGCCUUUCCACAUUGCAGCCGGCCUGUGGCGGUUAUCGCCUCUGCAUUCCGCCCUUCUGGUCCGGCUGGGUGAAUUCCUGGCGGGGAGGCUCAGCGCUCAGCGUGCGCGUGACCUCGCUGCCGAGGGGCAAAAUGAGUUCCUGGAAAGCCAGCUUCCUGUGGCCUACGAAGCAGCACGUCCCUGGUUCUCAGCGGAAAUGCCACCAUCCAGAGUUUCCACUCCAGAGCUCACCAGCAACGCUCCAGGAUGCCAUCAACGUGGUUCUGAUUGGAGAAUCUGGAGUAGGGAAAACCAAUCUGCUCUCGCGCUUCACCCGCAACGAGUUCAGCCACGACAGCCGUACCACGAUUGGGGUGGAGUUCUCCACGCGCACCAUUCUGGUUGGAGAUGCCCUGGUGAAAGCCCAGAUCUGGGACACAGCCGGGCUGGAGCGCUACCGGGCCAUCACUUCAGCAUACUAUCGCGGAGCAGUGGGCGCCCUCUUGGUUUUCGACAUCACCAAGCAUCAAACGUACGAUGUGGUGGAGCGCUGGCUGAAGGAGCUGUACGAUCACGCAGAGGCUACCAUUGUUGUGAUGCUGGUGGGCAACAAGAUGGAUCUGGCCCAGGCCCGAGAGGUGCCCACAGAAGAGGCCAAGAUGUAUGCUGAAAACAACGGGCUGCUGUUUGUGGAGACGUCUGCGUUGGACUCCACAAACGUGGAACUGGCGUUUGAGACCAUUUUGAGAGACAUUUUCAAUAAAGUGCAGAAGCAGAAGCAGAAAAGCCCCCUGGACAACAAAAUCUCGCUCUCUACCCAAAGUCCCAGCGCGGCAUCAACUUCUCCAGCUGUUGAAGAGAAACGAGCCUGCUGCUUGAACCUCUGAGCGGGCUAGAGGGGUGGGAGUCAGCGGCGGGGCUCAUGCACUGCCUUAAGCCAAGAGUACAUUUUAAUCCUGGAUUGCCGAACGAGCCAGUGGCUGGGUUCACAUUAAGCCAAAAUUAAGCCAUGAUAUUGCAGCUUAGCCAUAGAUGGACUUUGGAACUUCUUGUUCUGGCUUGCCUACCUCAACUUUGGGAAUUUGGUCUUGUGUUGGAGCCACACAGGAAUUUGUUCCAAAGCUGCUGCUAGAUUGGAUCCAGAUUCACUCAUGCUUAGAACACUCAUUGAAGCCCACAGGCCAAUUCCAAGGACAGAUGUCCAGCUGUACGUGUGAAACUGAUAGCUUGUUCCUCCCUCCCACUGAUGCUUCCCCAUCUUGCCUUCCAGCCCCUAAAGCCAACCAGGGCUGCGACUCAGAACCCAUCAGCAUGGGCAGCCCUGCCUGGGGAAGGCGCCUCUUGCUCCCCGGCAGCUCCUUCUCGCACAGGAGUCUGGCAGAACUUGGGCUAGGACGGGAACUGAUGGCAGGAGGCUUCCCAUCUGAUCUUAACCAUGAUUACUCAAAGAUAAGCCUACCUGAAGUCAGUGACUUUUCUUCAUGGUGACUAUGGGUUGAUCCUCAUGACCGCCUUGUCCCGUGCAGAUACAGCCACUGACAGCUGCUCAAGGACAGGGAAGCAGAGUUUCGUCCUCUUCCAGCCCCCAGCCCACCAAGAAGGUAACCUCCGUUCGUCUUCCUGAUGGUGGUUAAGAGUGCUUUCUGACCUGGGCUGGUGCAAGUGGUGGUGUCCAGUCGCCCUGCUGAGCUCCGCUCAUUGCAGGCAAGCCCCCCCUCUGCUUGCUUGGCUACUUGGCGCUGCAGCAGAAACACCCCUCCCCGCUGGUCCUGUGCUCUCUGCUGCCCUUUCCUUCUCAUCAGUGAAAAGCAGAGGCUUUGUUUUUUAACCAGAUGAAAUUGGCAAGAGUUCUGCUAGUUCUCCUUUAGCCUAAGUGGCAGAAAGAUGAUUAAAGGUGGUUUUCUCUUUUAACUGGUCCAGGAGUAAAAGGGAGUCCGCCAUGGGAAGGGUGGUCCAGACACAACACCAGGCCAGCACCGUGGCCACCACAGAGAAAGGGGUUGAAAUCUGGAAAGGGUUGCACUGCAGAGAAGUCCUCUGGGUUCAAGGUGCAUGUCAAAUCUGCUAUUCCAAAAGACAGACUAAGUUUUUAUUCCUCCAAGGAGUUCAAGGUUGGUGGCCUGGAAGGAGAACCUGUAACUCUGGCAUCUGGGCAGCAGGUGGCCUGGACAAAAGUUCAUUUAUGAAGCUGCAUUCCUAGGAGGUGGUGAGGGCUGGUUGAUGCGAAGCCAUCAAAGAACAGGAACUGGCAAAAGAGAAUCUUUGUGGCCAAGUUAACACAUAAGCCCUGGAUCAUUUUAACCAUAGCUGAUUGACCAUGACACACACAAACCAUAGGCCAUAAACCAUGAGUGGUCAGAUUUACACAAGACACCAAGCUACUGACCAUGGGUUACAAACUAUAAUAAUUGAGUUGAAGGGAAAUGCAAAACAAUAUUUUAAUUGUUAGCCACUCUGAGUCAUGUAUAUGAGAUGGGCGGCUGUGUAAAUGUAUUAAAUUAAUAAAUAGGACUCAAAACAUGCAGGUUAUGUUCUAGCUUAGGACAGUGCGUGGGCCCAGCUACUGGCUUAGAGAAACACCAUUUGUGGCUUAGUGCACAGCGCAGAUGCACCAAAUUGUGGUUGGUUUUCAUCACAACUGGUUGAGUGAAUUGUGCCUUAUGUGGGGGGGGGGUGUAUAGAAGUUGGAUAUCGGUGAUCCUUUUGUUGUGGGGAGGGAGAACAACGGGAGCUCGUUCCUUGUGCAAUCUUUUUUUACGGUGAGGGAUGUGUUCUCUCGGGAAUAAUCGGUCGGGCAGGGCAGGGCCGGGGCGGAUGGCCGAAGCCGUGGGAAGAGCAGCACCUCUUCUAUGACCUCCCCUUUAGUUUUGCUCUCUCCCCGCUUUGUUCCUUGGUUAGCGGGCUGCAACUAGACCAAUCACCUUUGUCAGAAGCCUGAACUGCUUGCUUGCAGAGAAAUCAACCUGAAAGCCGUGGGUCGUCCUCCCCUGCCUAGACGUUUCCUAGAUGGUUACUUGGGAACCAGGGAGGGGCUGGUCUCGGUAGGCGGUUCUGGGAGUUCUGACUGGCAGUGAUUUCUUUUCCCUGUUUCCAUAACUUGGGGGUUUUUUUAAAUGCUUCCACCCAGAAGACAGAAAUAUGGCUUUGUGGGGUGGAAGUCUCUCAUACUGCGUGUGUACAUUUAUAAAUAUGUACAUAUGAACAUAUUUGUAAAUAAAUUGCUCUGGAUGUUUGGGUG